GAUCACCAAUCGAAGCAGAUUACUUGACAUUAUAGCUCAUAUUUUCGCUUCUUGCAGAGUCCCAAGGCACAAAACACGGCGCGCGCCCUAUCUGUCGCAACUAUGUGCGAGGUACAUGUCUGCGAACGCGGUGCCAAUUCCUACACUAUGAACCGUCUAUCCAAGAGAAACCCGUUCAGGAAGUUGAAUCCAUGCUUUCAGAUCCUGACAUAUCCAGCACGUCCGGGGACGACACGGAUGCCCGAUUGGAAGCGGAGGAUCUCACCGAGUAUUCCUUCACCACCGACUCGAUGGACCCUACCAGCCCUAUCUGGAACGCAACGGUGGAAAAGGCUUCACCCGGUCCCCUGCAGAAGAGCGACGCCGUUUCCAACACCGCGCGCGGAGGAUCCGAGGACAUUACUGGGCCCGUGAAACGCAAGACUGACGAACUCGUUUCAGGCGCCUAUGCGGAAGUGACACCCGAAAUCGUAGGAGGUGCAAGCAUCCGCAAGCCUGUAGACACACAACAUGUCGACGUGAAGAAGCCUAUGGAAGUACGAGCGGACACAAACACUCGAAAGGCCGAUGCAGCACAAGGUGUCGAAGCGAGGAAUCUGAUUGAGGUGCCUCCGGACACAAACGUCCGGAAAGUUGACGGCCCGCAAGGUGUCGAUGUGAAAAGCCUUAUGAAGGUGCGACCGGACACAAGCAACCGAAAAGCGGAUGCCUCACAAGGCGUCGAAUUUGAAAAACGCAUGGAGAUGGUGCCGCACACAAACAUUCGAAGGGCUGAUGGCUCAACAGGUGUAGAAGUAGAAAAGAUUAUGGAAGCGCAGGCGGGCAUUCGAAAGGCAAUGAACCAGCAACCGAAGACUUCACCUACUCAAGGAGGUCAAGCCUCUCGUGCGAACGUGCUCCUAAAACAGCCUCCCAUCGCCGCUGAGCCACCGAAACGCCACGACAAGCCGGCCGCUGCAUCCUCUUCCGACCCUUCGCCGAAACGGGUAACCGUGGCAAACAUCUCGUCAGUGGUCCAACCUCCACACAUCAUAAAGCAUGUGAUCACCGUUCAACCCAAGCAUGGCCAUAGCUCCGUUCAGCCAGGUGUUGCCGCAUCCAGGCCCUUGGUCAAGCCUACGGCCAAACCACAUCACUCGGUCAAGUCUGCGAGCAACGAUCAACCCGCCAAAAAGGACCGCUUCCUCCGCUCCCUUGACAACAGAUCCCUCAGCGGCGCCGAACAGUUCCAGCGGCCUCUAAACGUUCGCCGCAUGCUUGGGCAAGCAGGUCCCGCAGAUCUACCCUCACAUUGGACACCUGUAACGGCUGAGGAAGGAUGGUACUAUGGAAAGCGGAUCAUGCCGGAAAAGAAGGAAGAGGAUGAAGGGCGGGUGGUCAAGACGAAGGAGACUGAAAAGGCUAAAGCCCUUUUCGUGCUCAAUAUGCCCUACUCUUCUACACCUAAAGAUCUCAACGAUAUGAUUGAAGGAUUUGGGUUACAUCCCAUCAGCGCUCAAUUCGGGUACACGAAGGGAGGCGCCCGCACACCACUCUCCCUCGUCCGCCUUCCCACCGAAGCCGAAGCGGAAGAGGCCGUUGCACGCAUCCAGGCGCAGUCCAACACGAAACAAUGGCACAACAUCCUGGCGACCCGUACGCUCAUGGAAUGGCCCAGCAGCGUCGAUAAGGAUGAAAGGAUUAUUUUCAGGGGGGGCGAGGAUGUAUUUGAUGUCGAAGAAGAGGAGGAGGAGGACGUCGAUGAAGACGAAGAAGGUGACGAAGAGUCAGGUGCGAGCACCGAUUCGACCUCGGAUCUGUCCGAGUCGUCAGAGUUGUCCGUGGAUUGAACGAUAGGCUGGCUGUGCAUCAGACCGAUUGCCGAGAUGUCAUUAGGCCAGAGAACAGCGGUAUUCAUCUGCGUAUCUAUUCGCACAUCCAUCCGAUGGCGUAUCGAUCUGCCUUUAUGUAUUUCCAGGCGUAAUUUUUCUGGUGGCCUCCAUUUCGGGAUGUAUCUAUCUUCUACGGCCCGUCUGUAUCUAUUGCAGCAUUGCCAUAUUUCAAUAUUCAUAUUUUCACUGAA